GUAGAAUUCUUGUGUAGUGGCUAAAGUUGUGCAGAAGUUAUUAAGCGUCAGCAGCUUUCAAAGCGGAACAGUCUCGUAAUUACGUGUUUUAUGGUGGUAAGAAUUUAGCUAGUGCUGGAUUAACAUUCAAUCGUGUAGUUUCUGGAAUUUAAUUAGUACAAAAUGUCUGGGCAAGGCCCUACUUCGGCGCAUAAAAUGCGGCGAAAUGUGUCCCCUCCACAAAGACAGGGACCUAUGAAGGCUGUAAAGCCCUUUAUUUUAAAAAGCAGCCCCUCCAGAAGCCCGUCAUCACCUACUCUUAUAACUCUGCAAAGACGAUCUCCAGUGACAGACAGCAGGCAUUCUCCUGACAGAAGAUCUCCAGGACCAAGUUCACCAGGAUUUAAAGUUGAGAGACCGAAAGCAAUCAGAGUAAGUCCUGCAUCAUCAUCCCUACGUCGAACAAGCUCCCUCGAUACGAUUGGUCCCUAUUUGAAGGGACAAUGGCCAGUAGAUAUCGGAGGAUGUCAUCAUCACACACAGUCAUCUGGGACAUUCAUGGAAGACAAAGGGACACAGACUCCUGAAGACUGGCAUGUGGAAGUAGCGGAGCGUAAGGCGGAAAAAAAGAAAAAGAAACACAGACGAUCAGCGUCAUUUGGACAUGCUGAUAAAAAAUUAGCUUUGAAUAGUAUACGACAGAAGUUACAGAAGACGAAGGACCAAGGAACAAAGCAGCGUUCCAGCCCGAUACCUGGCAAUCACAAUGCAUUACUACAGACAGCUCCGGCAGUCUUGAUGCGAUCUCCUGCCAUUGGUAUAAUACACAUUCCCAAAACCUCCAUACCCCGGUGGCAGCGCAAUAGUGUGGAGGGACUCAAUCCAGAGAUAGAGAAGAUGAUGCAGCUGACCAUCUCAGGAACAGAGGAGGAGAUAGAGAGGUCAAUAGAUAAUAUACCAGAUGGUCAUAGGGCACCUGUACCGGAAAUCCGGAACAGUGGUACUCGUAGCAUCGACACCCAGACACCGUCCGGUACCCUGGAUGACCGAAGUUCCGGGAGCCCAGCUAGUCCAGCAAGCCGUCCACACUCCAUUAGCCCAGCAAUUCCAAUUAUGCCGGGUAAUUUGGAAAAUUCUCCGAGACCGUCCAGUAACUAUGAUUCCUCAGGAAGUACGCCGCGUGAUAAAUCAGACAAAGAUACAGGUGAUAGUGAUAGUCCUGAUGUUUGCUUAAAGAAAACUGCAAGUCCCAAACCUAACAAAAUAGUGCGGGAGCCGCCAGAUGGUUGUGAAAUUGUCAAGGCCUUCGAUGAAGACAGGAGUGGUAGGCCGCCUUCUAUUAAAGAGCCAUUGUUAUUUUGCCCUAUCCAAGGUCAAGGUCAGUUUGUGUUGAAGCCGAGCAUCAGUUCUGCCUUCUGUCCUCUCAAGAACAAGAACAUGUACACUCAGGGAACCAGUUUCUCACAGACCACGCCCACCAGCAUAGAGGGACAUUAGGGGCAGCUAUUUAUUGAUUUUUCUCAUGUUAGUUAUAAUUAUUAUUAAAUGUACAUUGAAAACUGUCAAAGAGCUCUAUUUAUGAACCAUUCCUGUAUAGUACUAGAUAAAUGUGUCCUCUUUAUUACAAAAUUUGAGUUUUGAGACCAGUCUGUAAAACACAGCCUUGCCAUUGGUCAAUUUCAGAAGUGUGCUCAUAAACAGCCAGUCAGAUUUUAGAGUUUUGUGACUGGUAUCCAGAUUGUUCUUUGUACACUAGGAUCAUGGACAUUAGUUCAAUUGAGUUUUAAGAAAGAAGUUGCCUCUGGAUAGAUUAGAUGAUCAGCCUGAACAACUGCUGGGAAUUUUCAAUUUUUCAAUAUAUAAUGCACACACAGUAAUUCAGCACACGAUAACUUGCUUAUGGGUUUAGUACAUCAUUUUGGUUUGUCAAGUAUGCGAUUUCAAUUACAAUUUUUUUUAAAGUAUGAUCACUAGUUUUGAUUGACAAUUUUUGAAGAUAACUUGUUUCAAAAAGCAUGUCUUUCAAUCAGAUUGUUUUGAAAAUUUCUGAUAAUCCCAUCUUUUAGUUUUUGAAGUGUUGAAUAUGCAUCUUUUGGCUACAUUUGCUUGUGAAAAUAACAAACAGGCUAAAACCCCAUUAACAUUUUUAAACAUAUUAAAAAGGGGGGUAAAUGAUUUUUAUGCCAAGAUUUUUAAAAUUUGAAAAAGUUUAUUGCACAUAAUAUUACAUGCCAGUAUCGGGUAUCCUUCAUAAAAAAUCAUAUUCUGAAAUUUUUAUGUUCAUUUUAUGUUUGAUUGUUUAGAAUGUGCUACGAAAGUACCAUGUAUUUAAGAUGCUAUCAAUGAAAACCUCCUUUCGCUGUCCUUGUUUUUUUUCUCUCCAUCUGUCAGCUGCAGAUUACAUCAGAGUUGAAAUCAGUUGCGCUCUUUGGAAUAGUUCCCAACUAAAUCAUUGAGAAAUGUGGUCUGAAUUAGAAAAGGCAGAUAGUUUGUUCUAGGGAGUAAGAAGAUUUGCGAAGUGCUAUAAGGAGUUGAUUUUUGUGUGCAUUUCUUUUCAUUGAUGUAAUAUGUGAUAAUAAAAAAUGGCAUCGUGCCAAAAAUGGGGUUUUGCUGUCUAAACAAUACAAAACGUCUUUAAUUUAGGAUAAAUUAUAUGUAAGGCAUGCAUAUCGAGGGUUCAACGCAAUAAAGGUGUAUCUACAUAUAAUAACUAUAUGUAGAUACGCCCUUAUUGCGUUGAACCCUCGAUAUAUGAAAACAAAAGAUUUAACCCUUAUCAUGCUGAACACGACUGCUUCUGCCUCUGCAACCAGCGUAGAUCAUGAUCAGCCUGCACAUACGUGCAGUCUGAUCAUGAACUGCACUGUUCGCCAUUCAGUCAGUAUCCUUUGGUAAGCACCCCUUUUAACAGUUAAUGGUACUACCGAAAUUGAAAGAUGGACAAGUUCAUUAUAGAAAUUUAGCAGGAAUGCUGAAAUGCUUCCUGUGACAUUUAUAAAAUCACUGUCAGUAGAUGAAACUGCUGAAGUUCUAGAGUUGCUGUCGUACUUAAGUUUAUUUCACAAUGUUGAAAGGGAGAAUUAAUGUACUAAAAAAUCAGCUGGUACCAAUUAGUAUUUGAUAUACAUGUUAAUAAUAGCCCCCUACAAAAAUGUAGUUCUAUGGACUGUAGCAUAAGACUUCCAAUCAGGAAGUCAAAGGUUCGGGUAGUGGGCGAAGUGGUACUUGACUGAAGACAGUACAUCCAAGGUCAUUCAUUCGGUGUCUGAUUCAUGUGGGAAAGUUGUCAGUCACUUGUGGAGAACAGUUAAUACUUGGAAAGGGUCUCUAAGAACUGGUUAGGUUUACCAACUGUCGUAUUUAAAUGAAGCUCUGUUGACAAAACGGUUUUGGAUCCAACAGUAAACGACGAAUGCCACAAGUAGUUCAUUGAUAGCAGACGUUCAUACAAUUUUCGAAGCAAGCUAGUUUGUUUUUACAGGAGAAUGAUUACCCAGCACUUGAGAAUGCUUAACUGCUUUCUCUAUGGAUGCAAUUUCCGGCACUUUUGUUAUGACCUUCAUAAGCAAUAUGAAGUAAUGGCCUAUAAUAUUAUAUAUUAUGCCUUGAGUGCUAAAAACGUCAUAAACUGUCUUUAUGGUAAUAUUUUUACUGCUUCGUAAGUAAAUGGUGUAAGAAGUAUGUCUGGUCGAAAUCAAGUGAAAGAACGUAUUCUCAGCAUUUAUAGAAUCUUGAUGAAAAAUGUCUGAAGAGCUGAACUACAAGAAUCUCUAAAAUUAUUCAAAAAGUAUAUGUAUAUAUUAGGUUUCUUAUGCCAGUAAAUAUGCUUUAAAGUUUUUUUUUGAUAUUUUGGCUUUAUUUUCUGAAUCUAAAUGAUAUAAAAUCUGUGACUUUGGUAAUGUUGGCUUUAUUUAUUUUGCAAGUAUAAGUGUAAACCAAUGCAGUUCCCGUAGUGAUAAUAGAUUAUGAGAAAAUUUAACCAUCAUUAUAUUUCUCCACACAUGGAUCUGACCAGCAUGUUUACCCAUACAUGUAGCUGUGAUAGAUGGUGACUUAUUCCUUCACCAUACAAAAGUAGUUUACUUUUAAUUGCAUGGAGAGCAUAGCAGAAAUAAUGAUUCAAUUUACAUCAUUGUUUAUUAGUGACAUACCCAGCAGAUAGGCUUUAUUUGUAACCCUGACAGUUGUUCCUGUCUGAAUCAUAAUAUACGUUAAUACUAAGAAAAUAUCUGUACAUAUUUGUUAAAUUAUUUUUAUACGCUUUCUUUGACUUACUGUGUUUUGCAUGAUAAUGUUAAAUACUGUUUUAAGAUAUAUUUGUACGUUAUCUGUAUAUUAUGAAACCUGGAAAAUUAUUUGUACACUCAAAAUGGCAUCGGAAAGAAAUUCACGAAUAGACUGCAGCUGUUCUGCAAAAUGUGCUACAUAAACGUUAGGGAUUUUUGUGAGGGGGUGGGAUAGUCAUUUCAUACAUUCAGAAGUUUGGAUUUUGGGUAAAUGUUUUAAAUUUAUAUAUAGAAGACUACCCUUACAACUGAAUGGGUUAAAUGACAAAGUGAUAGCCCCUCUGGCCAACAUAUUCUUUUAAGUUAGAAAAUUGUUGCCGAUUUGCUUUUAUAUAUUUCUUCAUCAUUCAUAGCAGAAUACUGUUUAAUUGUAUAUUUCCAUAGGAAUGAAAUUUUCAUGGUAUUUGCCAAAACUGCUAUUUUGUGGGAUUAUGCAGGAUUAUGACUUUGUGGAUAUUAACAUUUGAGCCGUGCCAUGAGAAAACCAACAUAGUGGGUUUGCGACCAGCAUGGAUCCAGACCAGCCUGCGCAUCCGCGCAGUCUGGUCAGGCUCCAUACUGUUCGCUUUUAAAGCCUAUUGGAAUUAGAGAAACUGUAAGCGAACAGCAUGGAUCCUGACCAGACUGCGCGGAUGCGCAGGCUGGUCUGGAUCCAUGCUGGUCGCAAACCCAUUAUGUUGAUUUUCUCAUGGCACGGCUCAUUUGAAGAUAUGAAUCUGAAUAUUUGUUAGGAUUUUUUUUUCUCCGUAGAUUAAAGCAGCAACAAAAUCCAAGAAAAUUAGGCUAUGAUAGGGUAUUAGAUGUCUGUUGAAUAAGACUGUACUAAUUCCUCCUUACUGGUAAAGAAAUCUCAUUGUCACAUUCAGCUCUGUGCAUUUCAUCCGAGUACAUAAUUCACCUCUGUGCAUUUCGUCUAAGUACAUAAUUCACCUGUGUGCAUUUUGCAAUGUUUAGUAUUUGAUGUUUUGAUGUAGUCUUGACUGUAAGAAAUAAUUGAGGGUUAUGAUUGACACGGAAGUCUUAAGUGAUAAUGAUGACUAUUAAAAGAUGGCUGCAGUCUGUUUAAUUACAAAAACAAAAAUUGUUGUAAAACACAAGGGCCUAGUUUUGUACUGUUUAUUAGUUUUGCUAGAAAAAAAAAUUAGAGAGAUAAAAAAUGGCUUUAGAAUUUUUUUUGUUAAUUGUUGCAAUUCAUUGUCAGAGUUGGCCAAGUAACCCUGAUUCUGCUUUUCACUUAAUUUUUGUAAAAACAAAAAAAAUGUUUGUUUUAUAUUUGCUUUCUUUGAAAUUGAACAAAAAUGGCAUUUGUUUUAAUUUCUAUUUUAAAUGGAAAAGUUGACACUUCCAAGGCAUUGUGUGAGUACUUAAAAGGGUUGCCGGUCGUUGUUGGGACAUUUAUUUAGGUCUGCUUAUCUUCAUGCUUGUGUGUCAAUUUCAGAGGAUGUUUUUUUUUUUUUGUCUUAUUUAUGGUAUUUUUAUGACAAAGUUUAGAAGUAAUGCGAAAGAAAUAUUUAAUGGAUUUCAGAUUCUGCACUGAAAUUUAUACACCAAUUAAGAAGAAUGAAUGACACUACACAUAUCUUAUGUUCUGUGACCAAAAAAUGUGGUCUCUUUAAGUCAAUGUACAAGUCUCCAACGUACUGCAGACUUCAUGGCUUUACAACAGUAUUUUCGAAUUUUGAGGUGUUUUUUUUAUAGUUUUUCAUGUGUUGUCAUACCUGUGCUUAAGACAACAUGACAGUAUGAAGGGAGACAACUUAGCUCAAAUAGUACUACUUGUUUCAUUCCACAGAUAAACAUUUUGCUCUGUAUCUUAACUUAUGAGUUAAGAAACACUGGGGUUUUUUUUGGGUUUUUUACUCUUCCAAGUUUGGCCUUUGUGUACAGGGUUAUCUGUACCUUGCGUACAACUUUGAGAAAAAAAAUUAUUGCUUCUCAUUUUCAGUCAUUCAUUUAGUUUCAUUAUUUCGUAUUUGACAAGUUCAGUAAAGUCCGUCCCUUUUUUUCCAUGAUUGUGGCAUUUGCCUGUAUUUUGUAAUAUUUUGUCAUUGUAUAGGUAGGUUAUCAAAUUGUCAUAUUGUUUAUUCGUGUUGAACUUACAUAUACCUGCCUUUGCGGCAGUAUGUACAUUUUUUUCAUUGUUUACACAAUAGAUAUCCCAGAAACUAUCAGUACGACAGUGAUGUUAUUAGGAAUUUCAUUACUAGCCGUGUUUUUGUGAUAUGUUUAUUUUCUCUGAUUAGUUGUAAGCUUGAUUUGUUUAAUGACAACUUAACCUACUUAAUGUUGGGCUACAAAGAAAAAAAUUGAUUUUAGAACAACUCACCCUCAUCGCUCAAGAUUGAAAAUUGAUAGGGUUGGUUUUUUGUCAUGUGUGUUAUCAAAGACUGCUUGUAAAGGCUCAGUGGUUCUCUCUAGAUGCUGGUCCAAACCCAAAAGGACACUAGGUGCCGUUUGCCACCAGUAAAGAUCGGAAACUUGUCUCCAGAAAUAUAUCUUUUAGAAAAAUUCAAAUUUGGCCAGGCUCCUAGUUGGAAGACCAGUCUUUGAACGGAACUGUUUAUCACGACAUGUAAUGUGAUUUGGUAUCGCAAUCUCAGAUGAAUCUCUUCAUUAAAUUACUGUAAAAGCACAUAUUUUUGCUGGGUCAGAAUUUCACGCAUUUGAUAUUUUGAGUAUGUUCGCAAGGUUUAAUGUUCGCAAAAUUGAAAAAACAGUAUCAUACCUGAAUUCGAAUUAUACUAAUGGUGAAUAUUUACGUGAUGAUUAAUUUUUGCGAGAAGUAGGGCCUCGCGAUAUAGUGAAAAUUAAACCCUCGCGAAAAUUUCGGCUUUUACAGUAUGAAACUGAAUGCAUGCUUAUUCAAUCAGAUUUGGAGAUAGUUGAAAAUGUUUUAUCUUUACCAGGAACUAUUCAUUCCACAAAUACAGGAAUAUCAUUUUGCUAUUUUGUUGCUUGAUACAUAGAUCAUCCAUUUGUAAAGAAUGUUUUCUAUAGAUAUUAAUAAUAGAUACCAUAGACAUCAUUAAACAAUGAAUCAUCCAUUUUGAAAGUUCAUUUAUUUGUUCAUGUUUGGACUUGAAAAAUUGUAGGCCACCAAUAUUGGUAGAGUGAUUCGAGUGCUACAUUUAAAAUUGGGAACAGUUUGUAGAAGGAAGGGGCUGUGUCCAUUUUUAAGAAGUUAAAUUCCUGUGUUUAGGAGUUCUUGCGGAAUGAACGGUAAAAUAUGAUUGGCAAAUCUAUGAAGUGCGCUAGCAAUUCAUGGUUAAUUUGCAGGUCAUAUUCUGACGUUCAUUUCUCAUGAACUCCAAAAAUAAUAAUUUCACUUCUUAUAUUUACAUUUUAUUAAUUUUCCAUUUGUUAACAAGUGUCUUUUAGGAAUAACAAAUAUUUUGUUGUAUUUAACAUUAGAAUCGCCAUCCCAGUCAUUCUGUUCACCAGAUAGAACAACAGUUGUGACGUCAUCUAUGGAAUAUUCUCCCAGACUGCAUAUGGGUGUUGCCAAAAUAGUGGCAUGUUUACUCUAAGUAGUGUUAUUGUAACUUUGGCACCUUUCCUUUUGAAAUUUGUACAAAAUAAACAUUAUAAUUUUCAGUGUAAUGAAUAGGGAGAAUGUAAAUAUUGUUAUAUUUACAAAGUGUCUGAGUUUUGGCUUUGUUAACAGACUCUGAUGAUAUUACAAGACAAACUUUUCUUGGGUCAUAAUUUAUCAUUACUAAUCAAAUGAACACAUUUUGACAUUAAGUUGACAGGUCCUUACUUUUAAGACAUAUGUAUUAGAAGGUUAAAAAAAACUGUAGUUUUAUCAAAUUGAAAUUGCAUUAGAAAUAUAACAUGGUCUCAUGGGUUAGUUGGAGGAAGUUUAUAGAAACAUAUAAAUGAACUCAUGUUUUAGAUAUUUACAGGGAGGGAACAGUGUUUUUGGUGUGUGACUUUUUGUGACGUUGGGUCCAUUAAUAUAUUAGCUUUAGUGUUGUAUGACUGGAUAAGGGAAAAACUGCACUUUGGAGUUUUUAUGUUAGCAAUGUAAUAAAUUGUUUCGUUAAUUGUUAAAUUUGUAACGGUAGAUCAUUUUGAACAAAUUGUUUUUUAUCAUACGGGCAUUGAAAUACCCAUACUGGUCUCUUUGACUGUCCAUUUAUGUGUUUAGACAUUUGCUUGUUCAACAUUUUCCAUUUUAAACAUCAUUUGCUUGUCCAAUAUUUUCUGUUAUAAACUUAUGGCCUAUGGAUGUUUCUAAAUGUAGAAAGAGUUACACUGUUUACUAAACAUUUUUAGCAUUAUUUUUGUACCAUACUUGAGCUGUGCCAUGAGAAAACCAACAUAGUGGGUUUGCGACCAGCAUGGAUCCAGACCAGCUAACAGUUUCUCUAAUUGCAAUAGGCUUUGAAAGCGAACAGCAUGGAUCCUGACCAGACUGUGCAGAUGCGCAGGCUGGUCUGGAUCCAUGCUGGUCGCAAACCCACUAUGUUGGUUUUCUCAUGGCGCGGCUCACUUAUUAAAAACCUUUAGCAAUCUUUCUUCUCCCUUAGCGCUAACACUAAACCAGUCUAUAGUUUCUCUGGCACAGUUUAUUAAAGAAUGUACAAUAUGUAUAACAUUUAGUAUGGGUCAGUUUAUUGGCAAGCUUAGAUUUUCUGUGUAUUUUUGGCAAGUUGGAUUGAAGGAUAAAUGGAAAAGUUUUGAACAUAAUAGAGUUACUGAGUAUUCAAAAGUGAACGCUAUUUGUAAAUACCCGUUCAACCUUAGUCUUACAUACUGCUGUGAUAGAAAUUAUUGUUUGGAGGGAAAUCCAUUCAAAAGACUCCCCUUACCUUACCUCCAAACAAAAUACACACUCCCAAAGAUUUUUUUGUAAAGGCUACAUCAUUAUUAAAACCUGUUGCAGUCUCGAGUAUAUUGCCAGUGAAACUACAGACAGGUAUCCCAAAAUACCAGAAAGUAUUAUUAUAAACACCUUACACACUUCUGUCAGCUGUAAUUGGAAUCCAUUGUACACAAAAUGAAAUAUCAUUUCAGUGUGAAAUUGUUGAAUCUGUAUAGAUAUAGAAUCAGAUAAAAUAGUUUCACACUGAGCUAUGUGAAAUGUGUUGCAACUGGAUAAGAUUGAGGUAAAGUCACAGUCUAAUGUUCAAGGUCAAAGGUUACACGUUUGGAGACAAGUCUUGAUUAAAAAGCGUUUCAUUAUUGAACGGUUUAUUAACCAGUUAGAUGCUCAAGUUUGAUUUAACCAAUCAGAUGCUGAGGUUUGAAUUAACCAAUAGGAUAUUGGAGUUUGAAGUUACCAGUGCUAUGAAUUAAACAAUCAGAUGCUGGAGUUUGAAUUAACCAAUCAGAUGCUGAGGUUUGAAUUAACCAAUCAGAUGCUAGUGUUUGAAUUAACCAAUAGGAUGCUCGAGGUUUGAAUGAACCAGUCAGAUGCUGGGGUUUGAACUAACCAAUCAGAUGCUGAGGUUUGAACUAACCAAUCAGAUGCUGGAAUUUUGAGAUAGGUCGCCAAACGCUGCUAUAUAGCAAGGGAUGGAUAUUGCAGUUGGGUAGAAGUGUGAACUGUAAGGUGUGGAAAAAGACAUCUCCUAUUCAGUAUUUUAAUUUUAAGUUACCUAUCUCUAGAUUAUUUUUUACAGUAUUUUCCUGUUAAUGCUUUUCAGAAAAGUGACAACCUUGUAACAUGUUUUGUAGGACAUCUUGUCUUUGACAUUGUAUUGGUUAGAUGGCUUCUAGAUAAGUUUUUUCAUGCCUCAGUUUUUUUUUGUUCAAAGCUUAAAAUGACUAUUAAUGCUUUUACAUAUACUCGAUAGUUUUAUCCCAUAUUGUGCAUCUCUAAAUUGUAAAGAAUUUUCCAGUUCAGUUUUCACAAUCAAUUUUGAAAUAUCAGAAAUAGCAUCAUACAUGUACAUGUUUGAGUGGAGUAUACAUUUAUUGGGUCAUAUUCCAUUUUUCCAUUCAUUAUAGCAACAUCUGAUGAUUCAGAAUUUAUUAAAUUGCACAUCAGUCGGAAAUUACUCUUUUGUUAUGUUUUCAGUAACUUGAAUCUGUUAUAUACAUGAUAACGUUUUUGGUAUGUGCUGUUCCAGUUUACAUAACAAGACUAGACUGUCACAUGACAAAACAACAGCCAAAUUUCUUUAAAGAAAAAUAUUGACUUCAUGAUUGGUCUCUUACUGGCUGUUUCUUGUCUAUAGAGUAAGCUGAUUGGUCAGUUGUUAGCAGCCACUUACAAAUGACCAAAGUUGAUUGGACAGUUAUUUAUAAACUUGUCUGUAGCCAAUCAGAUGUAACAUUACAAAACUCAAAAUUAUGUUGUCUGAUGGUGAUGAAUUGUACAGAUAUGCAAAUAAUAGUGUGUUAUUCUAGUUUUUACUAAUGUUAAUGUUAUAUUUUAUGCUUCGACCAUGUUUCUAUUGAUGUUAUUUUAACUUUAGUUACUUGUGAUAGUUGGAAUCUUAAGGAGACAUAUGCCAGUUUUAGCAUUCCUCUUUGUGCUAUUUUCACACCAUAUUUUUUAAAUCUAAAAUUAUUUGCCUCUAAAGGGCUUUAGUUUUAAGAAUGGUGGUUAGGUUUUAAGUAUGUUUGAACUGAAAGUGAAGGAAACUUAAGUUUUACAGCUACUCGGUAAUUAAUUUUUAGACUGUCUCAUAAAAUAAUAUGUUCUAAGAUGUGGAAGUGCUUUUAGAAUUGUACAGGGUCUUUUUGUACAAGAUCUGUACUUUAAUUUACUUCAGUUCAUAUAGAAUAGAAAUUGGUUCUUUGAGGCAUUGAAAUGUCAGGAAUAUUGAUACCUUAUUUCAUUUAGUUUUGAAAAGCCAUUUCAUGAAGUCAUCAAAAUGUUUAAAACCAUUUUAUCAAGUUGUUUUAUUAGCAGCUUUCAUUUGAGUACAUGUAGUAAGUUGUCAGUUGCUUUUGUAGAAUCUUUCUUGAAACUUUCAGGAAACGUUACAAAAAAGUUAAACCAAUUUCAAAAGCAGAUUGAAAUAUUGGAUGUUAAUGAAAUGGUUUGAAUUUCUUCUACAUUUAUGUUGUAAAGUGGAAUGCUUUUUUACUCUUUCGGCCAAUCGCUAUAAAAAUAGUUUGUUUUGUUGCCUAAACAUAAGACAAAUAUUUUUUCAUGUUUAGGCAACAAACGUUCAAUUUUGGCAACAUUAAAAUUGUUUUAAAUGUCUGUAAAUUGAAAAUAGUGCCUAGGUAUAAAUGUUUUUUGUCAGGUUGUGAAAUAUAAUAGAUCUUUCCUUACAUUGUAUUGCUAAUUAUUGGUUAUGUACCAAUAUUAGAUUUAACGUAGAUAUUUCGUUAAAUAUUUCAAAGUCUGAUUAUGGUCUAGAUAUCCCGUGAACUUUUAAAAAUAUUUAAUAAGAAAAUAAAAGUACUGUAAUUUUAAUGUAAAUUUUUAAAAGCAUCGAAAGAUAAUUUCUCAGUUCGCAAUAAUCUCGACUAUAUUUAUAUACGAGUUUGAGUUUUACUUCAUUUUUUUCCACUAUUUUUAUACCAAACUUGUCAUGAAUACGGCUGUUUUUCAUGAUGAAUUGUUAGUUAUUAAAAACUGGUAUUGUAUAUAGUGAAGAUUUUCUAUUUCUGCUCACUGAUACAAAUAAAAAUUUGUUAUUUUCUA